AUCCUGAAGAGAGCCCAAUAACACACCAGGAGGACCCUCGGUGACUUCGUUGAAUAUGAACUGCUAGAAUAAAAAGGCCUCAACAUGGACCUGUGUAAAGUGGCUUUCCUCCUGGGAGCCCUGAUCUGCACUGCGAGCGGCAACGAGACGGACAGCUACACUAAAACUGAGGGAGCGUGGAUUCUCUCUCUGCAGAAAACACAAUACUCAGUAAACACUGUGGCCGAGUGUGCCGCCAAAUGUGACGCUGAAACGAUCUGGACAUGCAGAUCCUUCCUGUACAUUGAGAAGGAUCAGGACUGCUGGACAGCUGCAGCUAACUCUAAAACAGAGAUGAUCCUGCGCAGAAGCAGCGCUGCGUUAUACGAAAAAAAAGUAUACCUCCAGGAGUGUGUUAAUGGAAUAGGAACAGAUUACAGAGGAACGAAAAGCAAAUCAAAAACAGGAAAGAUCUGCCAGAGAUGGGACGCUAAAUACCCGCACAGGCCCAACUUCACACCGAGUGAGCAUCCCAGAGCAGACUUAGAGUCAAACUUCUGCAGAAACCCGGACGCAGACAGCGGCGGACCCUGGUGCUACACCACCGACUCCAACACCCGCUGGGAAAACUGCGACGUGCCCAGCUGCACCGAGGAGUGUAUUCACUGCAGUGGUGAGAACUACAGAGGGAAAAUCUCCACGACAGAAAACGCCUACACCUGCCAACGCUGGGACUCUCAGAAACCUCACAACCACGGCUACAACCCCAGCGCUCUUCCAGAGAAGUAUCUCGAGGAGAAUUACUGCAGGAACCCGGAUGGAGACCCCAAACCCUGGUGCUUCACCACCAGCCCGUCCAAACGCUGGGACUUCUGCUCCAUUCCCCGCUGCACGUCCGAGCCCCCCACCAUCGUCCCGGAGCUGAGCUGCGCCACCGGGGAGGGAGAGUUGUACCGCGGCACCAUCUCAGUGACCGAGUCCGGGAAACAGUGCCAGAGCUGGUCUGUUCAGACUCCAUGGAAACACAACCGCUCCCCAGACAACUACCCCUGCAAAGGCCUGGAUAGCAACUACUGUCGUAACCCGGACAACGAGAGGAUGCCCUGGUGCUACACCACCAACACUGAGACCCGCUGGGAGUACUGCAAGGUGCCGAGCUGUGGAGACGCAGCCGGACCAGAUGAGCCAGUGAUCCCCGUGGAGGAGGAGGAUUGUUACGAGGGAGACGGGACGAGUUACAGAGGAGUGACGACAGAGAGCAUCAGCGGGAAAAGAUGUCAGCGCUGGAGCGCCAUGACGCCUCACAGCCACAAGAAAACUCCACAGGCCUUCCCCCAAGCGGACCUGAGGAGGAAUCUGUGCAGGAACCCUGACGGGGACCGGGCCCCCUGGUGCUACACGACAGACCCUAGUGUCCGCUGGGAGUACUGCAACCUGGAGAAAUGCGUCAACAAACCUUCAGGAGGAGCAACUCCCACCCAAUCUUCAAACCCUCUGGUCCCCACCCCGGACUCCGCACAGAAAGACUGUAAAACAGGAAAGGGAGACACAUACCGGGGCGUGACCUCCAUCACCGUGCUGGGAGUGACCUGCCAGGCCUGGAGAGCCCAGAGCCCCCAGCAACACAACAGCUUCACCCCACAAACACACCCCACCAAAGGGCUGGAGGGAAAUAGCUGCAGAAACCCAGAUGGAGAUGUGAACGGACCGUGGUGCUACACGACUGACAGGAACAAGAAAUGGGACUACUGUCAGAUCCCCGACUGUGCUGGAAUGAGUUGUGGGACGCCGGUCACCAAACCGAAGCGUUGUUUUGGUCGGAUCGUGGGCGGCUGCGUGUCCAAAGCUCACUCCUGGCCGUGGCAGAUCAGCCUCCGCACCAGCUCAGGAAUUCAUUUCUGUGGAGGAACUCUGGUCCACCCUCAGUGGGUUGUGACUGCUGCUCACUGCCUUGAGAGGUCAAAGCGCCCUUCAGCCUAUAAGGUGCUGCUGGGCGUUCACACAGAGCGAGCCAACGAGGCGUCCAAACAGGACAGGAACCUGGAGAAACUGAUCCUCGGACCCAACGGAGCGGACAUCGCUCUGCUGAAGCUGCAGACCCCUGCAAUAAUGAAUGACAAAGUGCUGCCGGUGUGUCUGCCAGAGAAGGACUUCGUCGUUCCCAGUGGAACCGAGUGCUAUGUGACCGGAUGGGGAGAAACUCAAGGGACGGGGGGUGAGGGCAUUCUGAAGGAAACGGGUUUCCCUGUGAUCGAGAAUAAGAUCUGUAACCGUCCCUCAUACCUGAACGGUCGAGUCAAAGAUCACGAGAUGUGUGCCGGAAACAUCGAGGGGGGGACUGACAGCUGCCAGGGUGACAGCGGCGGCCCCCUGGUGUGUCACUCUCAGAACCGGUACAUCCUGCAGGGCGUCACCUCCUGGGGUCUCGGCUGUGCCAACGCCAUGAAGCCCGGCGUCUACGCCCGAGUCUCCAAGUUUGUGGACUGGAUCGACACAACCAUCAAAGCCAACUAAAGAACAUCCAGCAAAUACUGAACAACAACAACAGCAUCGGUCGCACAAAAAGUGACUUUUCAUCGUGCUUUUUUAAGAUACUUUAACAUGUUCGUACUGUUCUGCUCCAACAGAGUUUGUAGUCGGGGGUUAUUGGUUUUAAAAGACGUGUUUUAUUUCCUGUGGUGGAAAAAAUAUAAUAAGCAAAAUAUAAUAAUUCUGUGUAAGAGCUGAACAAUAAAACCUAAUACAAAGGGAAUUGUUAAAUCAUGGUUUAUAGAUAGUUAAAUAAAACAAACACUGUUCCUUUU